UGGCAGCACACUGGCGCAACUUCGUUUCAUCGGGUCGCGCUUUGAUGACUCGUUUUGUAUUUGCGACUUCCAAACGCGGUCGGCUUGCUUCCAGAAAACACAACUAACAAAAAAAAGAAAAAAUGGUUAGAAAAAGGGAGACGGAGUGAGAAAACAGAGCGGCAACGUGGAGGGAGAGUGUCGAUAGAAGGAGCCUCCUUCCCAGUCCCCAUGGACCCCAUGCAGUGAGAGGACAGAGUUGUCCGUUUGAGGAGGGAAUCUCAGAAUAUCAGACAGUCGGAGAUGGAGAAGCGUUUCACACAAAGCAUGGCCACAGCCAGAGAAGACGGCGUGAAGCAAAGACCGACACCUAUUAAAGAAGAAGAAGAAGAUGACGGUGACUGGGAUACCCCGGGGCAAUUCUGUGUGAAGCUGGAGGAGUGUGAAAGAAGAAUUUCAUCGUUUAAAGAGGAGGAGUCCGAGGUGGAGACGCCUGACAUUAAGAUCGAGUUCCGCGACGACUUCUCGGCCAGCCUUGAACCGAAAAAGCACGAAGCCGGGAAUGUGUGCAAGCCAGACGUCUGCGAAGAAUCUCAUUGGAGCAUGCAACCCGAGACCACUGGCAGAGGACCACUGGCCACCUGGCAGAAUUUUAAGGAACUGAAAUCGGAGUGUGAGGAGGGAAACAAGACAGAAGAAGACGAGAAGACGUCAUCUAGGAGCGGUGCAGUCAGCUUACAGGAGAAUGGCAGCUCCUCCUCAUCUUCAUUUGCUCAGACCUCUCCUCAGUGGAAACAGCAGGACAAGAAGAAGAAGAAGAUGAUAAAGAAAUCAACAAGAGGAUCACAGAAUUUGACAGCCACUUCUUUGGCGUGCAGUUCUGUUCCUGCUGACAAACACGAUCAGCCCGAAGCCCUCAACACUGAUCAACAACAAGGGCAUAAUACAAAUCACAAGGCCUUGUUUACCAACUCCUCCGACCGUAAAGAUAAUACGUUGUUUCGUACAAAACAGAAGCCAUAUGCCUGCUCUGAGUGUGGCAAACGAUUUUCACACAGCAACAGUUUUCACAGACACAAAAGAAUUCACAAUGGAGAGAAACCCCAUUGCUGUUCUGAAUGUGGCAAGUGUUUCUCGGACAACAGAAAUCUUAAUAGCCACAUGACAAUCCACACUGGAGAGAAACCCUAUGCCUGUCCAGAGUGUGGAAAACGAUUCCCAUUGUUGCGCAGUCUUCAGAGCCACAUAAGAAUCCACACUGGAGAAAAACCCUAUUGCUGCUCUGAGUGUGGCAAGCGAUUCUCUGACAAUAGCGGACUUCGACAGCACACCCGAAUCCAUACUGGAGAGAAGCCAUAUUGCUGUUCUGAAUGUGGUAAACGAUUCUCCCAGAGCAGCAAUCUUCAGAAACACCUUCGAAUCCACACUGGAGAAAAACCUCUUUGCUGUUCUGAAUGUGGGAAGAGAUUUUCAAACAGUAGCAGUCUGCAAAAACAUGUAAAAAUUCACACUGGAGAGAAACCUCACUGUUGUUCUGAAUGUGGGAAAGGAUUCUUACAAAUCUAUCACCUCCAAUGCCAUAUCAGGAUUCACACUGGAGAGAAGCCGUAUUGUUGUACUGAAUGUGGGAAACAGUUCUUACAAGUAAGCCAACUUCGGAGCCACAUCAGAAUUCACACCGGAGAAAAACCUCACUGUUGUUUGGAAUGUGGCAAACAAUUCUCUCACCUCAGUAGUCUUCAUAAUCACUUAAGAAUUCAUACUGGUGAGAAGCCCCAUUGUUGUUCUGAAUGUGGGAAAAGAUUCCUACAAAUUGGCCACCUACAACAGCACAUUAGAAUUCACACAGGAGAGAAGCCUUAUUGUUGUUCUGAGUGUGGCAAACAAUUCUCACAAACAAGUAGCCUUCACAAUCACAUGAGGAUUCACAAUGUUACAUAGUAGGAAGGAUUGGUUUCUACUGGUUUAUUGCCAGUAUGUCAGUCACACGGACAAUGGUCUUGACGUUGGUGCUAUGAGAUAAAAUAUGGAACAGUAUGGCUGCCAGAAAACAUGUACUGUGCUAUGAUAUUGACAUCCAACAAAAGAUCAAAGCUAAAAAAUGUUCAGUGUAGUAAUGCAGAAAUACAGAUAAACUAUAAGAUGAGGUUCACAGUGUAAUGCAAACUACAAGGUAAUGGGGUAGGGUUACACUUGAAUAUUUUUGGUAAGGAGCUGAAUGGCUAUAAGAAGGAAGUUGUUGAGAUGGCAUGUUGCCUGAGGGCGGUAUUUCAGUUUAUAAAUGACUGCUGAGGCGAGUGGGGUUGUUGCAAGCUUCUUCACUCAGUUCUUAAUCCUGGAAGCAAACAAGUCCUUUAGUGAUGGAGGCUGACAGCCAAUAAUUUCUACAGAGCAGACCACCCACUGUAGCCUCGUCUGGGAAGUGGGAUACUGGUCAGAACACUGAUGGUGGUGACUGAAUAAAAGCUCAUUUGCAAGGACUGAGGAAUGCUGAGCAUCCCAAGAUAAGAACAAAUAAUGAUGGAGGCGAUGUUUCUGUCCUACUUCAGAAGAUUGUGAAUUGUGGUCCCCAACAACUUAAAAGACUUCACCAUGGACACUCCUUGGCCAUAGACGUCAAUGGAAGGAUAAGGCAGGAGGGUGUGUGUGGAAGUCGGGUUCCAUAUAUGCACUGUGUUUAGUUCAGCAUUCCUAUGAGCAACCCGUACUACAAGGUGGACCCCCUCUUUUUAGUUGGAGAUGUGAGAGGAGACCCACAGGUGGCAGACUCUAAGGACUUAAGGUGGAGAUCAUUAAUGGACUGGAGGUGGGCCACCAUCAAAUGUUCAGGGCUUUUCAUAACUGCUGGGCCGGUAAUCCUUAAAUCAGAACAGUAGGAUGGACCAGCCGCUACUUCAGAUUCUGGACACUUUCUUGUGAGUGUCUCACUCAAACAGGACCAGGUAUCCUAUAUCUAGACACUGAUGCCAAAAACCGAGUAACAGAAAAACCAGACAACCGAAAGAGCAAGUGAGCGUACUGUGCUGUGGUAACACCAUGCAAUAAAGCUGAAACAGUUUUCAGUGCAAUAAUAUCAAAAUACUGAUGAAGACUAGGAUCAAGUUCACAGUGUGCUACCAAGUAACGAGGGGUACAGAGACAGAGGAGUGGAAGGAAUACACUUGGAAAUGUUUGGUAAGGAGCUGAAUGUCCACACGACUGAAGUUUUGGAGUGAAGAAUUAUGGUGGCUGCCUGGAUGAGAUGAGUCUGCAGAAGUCUUUCUUGCUUUCAAAGGAGUCAUUUAGUGGUGGACAAUUUAGAUCCUCUCCUGUGACCCAGUAUUGGCAAGGGAACCAGCAAAAAAAGUUCGGAACAUUCUGGAUGAUGGCUGAGUAAAACUUCAUUAGCGUACUGAGGGUCUUAAGCUGGUGUAGGGGGAACAGACACACUGCUGUGGUUCAUUAAUACAAGAGGUGAUGUUCUUGCCUCACUUCAGAGUGUCAUUAAUGAUGGAUCUCAAAAAAGACUCCACCAUGGACGCAGCCUGGUUUAAGAUUUCCACAAAUGGAUGGACAGGAGGGAGUUUAAGGAAGGCCACCACCAUUUCCAGGGUUUUGAUGUUCUUAAUUACAAGCCCACCAGGCUACAGUGCGGUCCACUUACCGGAAUGGGGUAUCGUAAUGUCAUUAAGGAAUGACAUCCACACCUCAAAUUCAUUGGAAUUAUUACAGGAGGUGCAGUCGUGAGUGUAAAGUGAGAAUAUGGAAAAUAAAAGGUCAUGUGUGUUAGCACUUGAACCUCUGUGGGAAUCGAGUAUGCUUAGCAGUUAAUCAAUAGAGGCAUAUGCCAUAUUUCUUUUUUGGACAAAGGUCAGAGAAAAGCUACCCAUGUUUAAUAAAUCAAAGUGGGGGAGAUGAAUGGGGAUCAGCCCGAUUUCAGAAGAGGGGGAACACGUGGCGGUCAGAAAAUACAGCGCCUUGCACAAUU